CUCACGUUAUCUAAUCGUCGCUAUAGCUCGUACACAUCCACUGUUGUGUUUCAUGUGUAGUCUAAAAUCCCGAAGAUCUAAAUUUGUGCUAUGUGCGAUUCAUCCGCUGCCCCUUCAGCAUGCUAUCGUGACCUUGUUAGAUCACAACAUCCCACAUCCAACAUGGAACCGACAAUGAGCCACUCAAGCUCGACGCGAAAAUCUAAUUUUGACCUUCGGCGGAUCAUAGUCACCCCAAAUGUCACCGCCGCAGUCGCAAGAUCCCGUAAGCAGAAUGGCCGAGUCUUGAUAUAUAGAGAGAAAGUUAUGAGCCGAUUAAACAAGACAUUCCAGAGCAUAUCCUAUUUCCUUCUAAGUCGACGAGUACAAUGAAGUCCUUACUAUUCCUCCCAUUCUGCUCUCUUUGUGCGGCACUGGUUGUUUCGACUCCAGACAAUGUCAAAGCUACGCAUAUCGCACCUCGCGUUGGCCAGUCUUUCACAAAUCCAGACAACGAGCCUCAAUACGAAGACCCAGUGACCAAGGCAAAAGUGGAUAAGGCUAAGAUUCUGAGUGGUGUAGGCCCCAAGGAAGCAGACGAUAGGUGGUUCGAUUGGGACGAGACCUGCACUGAUGCCGACCAACGCAAGAUCAUCUUUCAGACCUUCGAGCAUACUAUUCUGAUGGCAGAUUAUGGGGCUAGUCAUCUUGAUAAUCUCAAGAAGGGCCUUCCAGAACCAGUAACGGAUGAUGCUUCAAAGCCGAACGACAAUAAUCGCAAAGCUAUCUUCCAGACCGAUCCCGCCUAUGCCCAGAUGUUUAAUGGACACGACAAUCGUAUAAAAUAUGUCCGAGACACUUUUGGACUUGUGUCAAGCGAGGCACAAAAGGCUCCUGGUGCUAGAAAUGGACAGAAACAGGGAGCUCUACGUUUCAUUUGCGAUAAAACUGGCGCAAUCAGGAGCGGAGAUGGUACGAAAGGGGCUUGCGAUGGUGGCACUCAAGCCUUUACUCUUGGUCCCUAUGAUCCAAAGUAUGAGCCAACUAUUGACAUCAAGUGGAGCUUCGAGACUUCGUCCAGCAUCACGUUUUGCCCACCAUUUUUCGAUGACAGCAAGUUCCCCAACAUAGCCGAUAGAGUCGGCCUCCCACAGGAUCAGCAGACGUUGGACAAAGUCGAUAACCGGGAGCGGAUCUUGCUACAUGAGUACACUCAUCUACCGUGGGUCCGAAAUCUUAAUCCUGGGGCGAAUCUUGACUUCAUCGGAUACCAGAAUGCGGCGCAGGUAAUGGCGAAGUCGGGUUGGGGACAGGCUAAGAAGACUCCAGACAACUAUGCUUGGCUCACUGUAUAUGCCUACUUUAACAAUGACGCUGGAGGCUGCCUGGACGAUGCAUGGCCUAAAGGUGAAGAUAAACCUUGCAAGCUAUGAUACAUAGCGGGCAUACAGUGGUGGGGUUGCUAGUCUCGUGUUACAUUGAAGUUGCUGGAGUUUUUU